GUUUUUCUAACUAGUUUACUACUUACGGGGUUAAGGCGUAGUAUAGACGCCUAUUAUACGGAUAAUAGCUCUAGGCGUCUGGGGGGUGUGUCACGAGAUAUGGAUGUGGUUAAUGCUGCCCACAUUGAGUGGGCCCGCUUUUUGUGA